CAAUGGGAGAGCAAGAGCAAGCCCUCAUUUCAGUUGUGUCGAUGGUUGUCGAACGUUCUUGUAACCUAACCUUUGUAACAACUGUGCGCGGUAACACUAGAAGAAGUUGCUGGAAGUUGCAUACGAUAAUUAAAUAAGUAAAUAAUGGCCGAUGAAGAUUUCGAUGGAGACGAGGUCGUGGAUGAUUUCGACGAUGUGGAAGACGAGGACAACAUUGAAUUGGAGACCCAGGAAGAUGACGGUGAAAACAUUGAAUUGCUGAACGCCAACGAGGCCGCCGGCGGUGUUCAAAGAUCAAAAAGGAUUACGACCAGAUAUAUGACCAAAUACGAGAGGGCAAGAGUUUUAGGCACAAGAGCGUUGCAGAUAGCAAUGUGUGCUCCAGUGAUGGUAGAGUUGGAGGGAGAGACUGACCCGUUGCAAAUUGCUAUGAAGGAAUUGAAGCAACGGAAAAUUCCUAUAAUUAUACGCCGCUACCUGCCUGACAACAGCUACGAGGAUUGGGGCAUCGACGAGCUGAUUAUAAUAGAUCAUUAAUCGCCAAUGUUGAGAAUUAAAAGAAAUAUAUAUGUACUUUUGUUCAUAAUUUUAUUUAUUAUCGGUAUUCACAAUAAAUGAUUGUUUGUAUGUG